GAAACGGCAGCGUUUUGGCACUUGCACCCUUCUCCCCCCAAAAGCAUAUUAGAUUAGAUUCUGCUUCGUUUUCUUUCCCUACUCUACCAGUCUUCCUUUCUUUCUUUCUUUCAAUUUUUUCUAUUUAUUUCCAUUUCAGUCCUUUCUCUCUCCCUUGAUACUCUCUUUGCUUUGGUGUGGUGUGAGAGAGACUCUACUCUCUUCUCUUCUCUUCUUUCUCUCAAACUAGUUUCGGUUCUCAAGCAGUUUCAGGAGCGAACUACCAAGGGAAGGGUAUUCUUGUACUUUCACUCUCCAUGGUCACGUCCACUCACUUCAACGCCACCAGCGACACUCACUUCGUCACCGGUACCGCCGGGUUGGUGUCAAUGUCUCCGGCGGUGGUAACUCCGGCGGUGCUCUUCAUAGCCAUCGCCGGCUUUGCUCUUGUCCCCGCCGUAUUCUGCGGUGGUAGUAGGUGACUCGAAUGAGCGAAUUAGAGAGCGUCCUCGCAAUCGCAAAAACCCUAGCUAGAGGAUACUGUUUUCGAUUCCGAUUUAGUUACACUAUUAGGGAAAACUAAACACGAAAAAGUGUACAUAGAAGGAAUUUAUAGAUGAAUCCCCUUAGACGAAGUCUCAAUUCGCAGCCGUCGUCCUCGAACUCCUCUCCUUCGUCGUCGUCGUCGCAAUCGUCGUCGACCUCCUCGUCGUGGAUCCAUUUGCGAUCGGUUCUUUUCGUUGUCACUGCUUCCUCACCUGCUUCUUGUUCGUCCUCUGAUCGAUCUCCACUUCUGCGCAUCCCAGUGUUGCUAUCAGUGUCCGCUUAGGCUGAUCAGCUUGUGUGUGUUGCGUUUCUGUUUUUGGGUCUCUUUGUUCAGCAGCAUUUCGGUCUUAUUGUGUGUUUACUUGUUGAAUCGCUCAUUUGUUCGAAUUGCAACAAUGUUUGUCAUAAUUAAAAAAAAAAGGAAAUCCUGAUUUGUCUUUGAAAGGGGAAGUAGGGUUGAGGAGGACAAGGUAGUGGGAAGGAGACAGAUCUCUCUUUUGGUUUUGCUGGAGCUUUUUUGUUGUUUAUGUAGUAGAUUUCUUUAAUAUAAAGUUUCUUUCUUCUUCCCUCGAACUGUUUAUCCUCCUAUUUCUUUUCCCGUGUCAAAUCAAUUGUAGGUGAAAAACCGGUACUAGAUGGUGAUCUUGAUCGGACAUCAAAACCCCCGUUUGUCUUGUAUGGUUUUUCCUGAGCUAUAAAGGAGGAUCUGUGCUAGUUUAUGUUAAGGAGUGCGGUUCAUUUGAGACUGAAAAAAGGUCGUCUUAAAUCACCGUGGUCGCGUAGGAAAAGGAAACAUGUACUUUCACCUCGGCAAUGGAAAAGCUUGUUUACCCAAGAUGGGAGAAUUCGGGAUGGUGGAAUUAAGUUCCUGAAAAGAGUUCGCAGUGGAGGUGUAGAUCCUAGUAUUAGAGCUGAAGUUUGGCCAUUCCUACUCGGAGUCUAUGACUUGGACAGUACUAAAGAAGAAAGAGAUGCUAUUAGAACUCAAAAUAGAAAGGAGUAUGAGAAAUUUCGCAGACAGUGCCGGCAACUGCUAAAGCACAAUAAUGGGAGCUUUAAGUUAAAUGAAAUAGGGGAAAUCAGCUAUGAAGGGGAUGGUGGAAGUCUUCUUCAAGAUUAUGGUUCUCCUAGUUCAGAAGAUGCAACAAGUGCAAGAGAAUCUCUUUCCAGUGAGGAACAUAGUCCAGAUGCUGAAUAUUCAGAUGAUCCAUCUAGUGCCCUGUUGGAAGGAGAUGAUGUUCCAAACGUCAGCAAUACUGAUAACUCUGCACUGGAUACUGAUUCCACUGAUUCAGACUCCUCAGAAGGUCCUGAGAUAAUUCAGACAUUUCCUUCUGAUGAUGGCCAGGAAGACAACAAUUCCAAGACUCCCAAGGAUAAUUCUUCUCCCUCUGUAAUGCAAGCUCCGUCAAAACUAUGGACUAAUGAAGAUUUUGCCACCUGGCAACGGAUCAUCCGACUUGAUGCAGUACGGGCGAAUGGGGAAUGGAUGCCAUACUCCCCUUCUCAAGCUGUGGUACCGGACUGUAGGGCACAUCGUUCUGCUGAGGCUGUUGGAUUGAAGGAUUAUGGUCACCUGGAUGCCAGCAGAAUCUUUCAUGCUGCUCGACUGGUUGCAAUCCUUGAAGCAUAUGCUUUAUACGACCCUGAAAUCGGAUACUGCCAGGGUAUGAGUGAUUUGCUAUCUCCUAUAGUUAGUGUUAUACCAGAAGAUCACGAGGCUUUCUGGUGUUUUGUUGGAUUCAUGAGGAAGGCUCGGCAAAAUUUCAGGCUUGAUGAGGUGGGUAUUCGGAGGCAACUUGAUAUAGUUGCAAAAAUUAUCAAGUUCAAGGAUGGCCACCUGUUUAGGCAUUUGCAGAAGCUGCAGGCCGAGGAUUGCUUUUUUGUGUAUAGGAUGGUGGUGGUAUUGUUUAGAAGGGAGUUGACAUUUGAGCAGACUCUUUGCCUUUGGGAAGUAAUGUGGGCAGAUCAAGCAGCAAUCCGAGCAGGUAUUGGGAAAUCUGCAUGGAGCAGAAUCAGGCAGCGAGCUCCACCAACAGACGAUUUAUUGCUUUACGCAAUAGCAGCAUCAGUUCUUCAAAGGAGAAAGUUGAUCAUUGAGAAGUACAGCAGCAUGGACGAGAUCAUUAAGGAAUGCAAUGGCAUGGCUGGACACCUUGAUGUUUGGAAGCUGCUUGAUGACGCCCAUAACUUGGUUGUCACCCUUCAUGACAAAAUGAAAAUAGAGACAUCAUUACGAUGAGUGCAGGUGAUACUGGAACAAACCAAACCAAACCAAACCAUUUCAUGAUGUGGUAAAAAAAUCUUUAGUUUCAAGCUGCCAGAUUUCUCCACGCCAUCUAAGGGUGCUGCAAAUGUUGAUUUAUUAUUACUGAACUAAGUCUGCUGCAUGCUGAAACUUGCCAUGAUUAAUUACCAGGUUCUGGUUUGGACAAUGUUGGCUAAUGUGGGGAUUGAGGUUGGCUUGAUUUAGAUGGCAUCUCCGCAUGCUGAAACUUGCCGCUGCGUAUUUACGAGCUCUGCUUUCCUCAAUUGCCUUAAUGUGGGCAUUGAAUUUGGCUAGAUUUAGAGAGCAUCUUUUUUUUUUUUACCUCACUUCUUUUUCACGCUGGCCCCACCCUUUUCUUUUCUUUUUCAAUUCUGAUUCUGAUUUGGGACACGUCUGGGAGUACCUUUGCGAAAAGCAGGAGUGGUUGGUGCCUGUAACCGAUUGAAGAGGCCGAGAUAUUGUCGACAAUUAUGAAUAUUGGCCUUUUUGAUUCUUUUAGCCGCUGAUCAGUUGCGUAUAAUCGUAAGUUUGAGGUAUGUGUCUUGGAUGGAAUUGGGUAAUAUUUAGGGGUGCUGGUUAAGCCCUGUAUGCUUAAUGGCGUGUAAAUUGACCACUCAGCUUUUACUCAACAGGCCUAACACUUCCACUUACUUGUCAGGUCCAUCCAUCGCUUUGCUCUC